GACCUGUCUGUGCUUCUGCUUUGAGGCUAGCAAUCGAUCAUCUGUCUGAACUGUCAACUUAAGCACCACUUCUUGGCAAACAGCCUUUCCUUGCCCUUCCUGGUAUCUUUAAAGAAAAACGACAACAACUAAUAGGAGUACAAAGCUAAGCCAAGAACAACAGCUCUUGUCCUUCAGUUUUGCAGACUUUGAGUCGGUGGCAGCGCAGAGGCGCAGAUGCACCAGCCUUCAACUAUUCCAUUAUAUUAGCAGCUGGAUUGAGCCAUACAGAUUCCCUGUCGGUACCAGAAAUGGUACAAAUAACGGUGCAAAGCUACAGGAGGUCCCUCCAAGAGUUUUCAGAAAGUCCGGUUAUGUCAAGAUGCAAGAGUCUCAGCUCUUCCAACUUGCUUACUGGUGCACCCCAGAGCAUCACUGAAUGGCUGACACUCUGGGAAAAGGAUCCAGUGGAGAUUCUGCUUGAUUUGGGCUUUGGUACAGAAGAACCUGACGUCUGCACUAAAAUCCCUCCUCGGUUCCUCAGUGGUGCUUCUGUAGCAAAAGGGAUCAAUAUCCGAGUCUUCUUGGAAGCUCAGAAGCAGCGGAUGGACAUUGAGAGGCCAAACCUGUAUGAACGUUUUCGACAGCUGGAAGUACUUGACCAUGUAACGAGUGCACUCUCAUCGCUGCUGACCGGCAUCAAUACCCAGCAGACCAAUCUCCUGGAUACUACGAGGAGCAGACCUGUGGUGACACAAGCAAAACGGAGAAGAAUAGGACAGCUCCUGAAAAGGGCUUCUCGGCAGACACUGCAGCUGAAACAGGGCUCACUGGCACCUGGAGAAGCCAACUUGCCCAGCAGGAAAGAGCAGCCCUGCUCUAGUGCAGAUACUGCUGAGAGGGGAACAGUCCAGGCAUACUCUUCUGCACAUGUUACAUUGAACUGUCUGACCAAGGGGCAAACUCCCAGAGACAAAGGUGCCUCAGCAUAUCCCACAUCCCAGCGUUCACUGGCUCCAUCAGGGAAAGCCUGGGCUCCAUCACAGCAAGUUGCAAAACCGCUCCACCUUUCUCCUGUGUCUGAGGUACCUGCUAAAGACAGGCCAAGAAAAGAGCCACCUUUGCUUGUAGCCCACACACUUAAAAAAGUGGCCAACCUGAACUGCAAGCUGCCAGACUCAUUUGAAAUGGAAGAGAUUCAGAGUUUCGAGGAUGAAACGCUGUAUGGAAAUGCUCCUGCCAUCGCUUUAGCAGAUGUGAUGGUGACAAGAACAAGCAGCUGCCAGUCAGAUAGCAGUGGUUUCAUGGAGGAGCUGCCAGAACCUUCAGGUUUGCAAAACGCUUCUUCAUCGGGAAAGAUUAAUUUUAUUUCUGAUAUCUACAAUCAAGAAAGAGCUCUGUCACACAGGACUGGUUUUCCUAUGCUAAAUCAAGAUUUUCAACAAGAGCCAGAUGAUUGUGUUGCUAAGGUCUUUAUUGCAGCUUGUGAGAGCAUUUUGGCAGUACCUGGAUCAAUGAAAGCAUGCACCAGUCAGGGAGAAGAGACUCAUCUGCUGCUGACUUCAGAAAACAGCACAUAUCAGGCAUGUAAAGCUGCGGCACAGAGUUUUGUCCAAGAAAUUGUAUGUGACAAGGACAAGAAAGAGAAGACUGAAAGAAAGCAACUGGAAAAAGAGAGGUGCAUAGAAGAGCAGAGGCCUUGUUUGCAGGGUGAUAGCGAGGAUGAUCCUGGCUCCUCCAAAUUUGAUUGUUAUUUAUAUUUUAGUAAAGGACACAAAAAGGCAAACGUAACCUUCACUGAAUUGAGUGAUCUAAACCCUGCAGUCAUCAAUGAGAACAAUAUUAGAAGUGAAGAUGAACGUAAGAAGUGCUGGACUGACAAGGACAUUGGAGUUGCAAGCAAUGAAGAUGCUCAUGGAAGUAGUACAGGACAUGUUAAAGGACCGAGGUGGGAUAUGGAAGUUGCCAGCAAAGACGAUACCCUGCUUACAGCAAAUGAAAUGACAAACAGGCAGAAGUUGUGCAAAAUGGAUGGUGAUUCAAAAAAUACAAGAUGCUCCCCCAAAAUGGGGGUCCCAGAAACCCUGCAGUGGGGCUCAGCACCACAACGUGGGAGCAGUGUGUCUUCUCUGCAAGUAUCACAGAGGCAUCCCUCCUGCCUAGCAGAAUGGCCUGAAUUUAGUUUAUCUGAAGAGCAAGAGACUGGUAGCACAGGGGAGAUGUUAGGUGCUAACAAAUCAGAACAAGGAGAUGCUGUCCAAACAGGUGAAAUGGCUUCUGCUCCCCUGAAAUCUGUUACUGUUCAGAUGCCUUCAAUGCUGGAGUUUACUCCAAGAGCAAAGGGCACAGGGCAGAAUGCUCCUCUUGGUGAACGCCUUGCUAGGGAAGGUCCCGUGGACUUCUCCAACAUGUCAGUGCACAGUUCUGAGGGUGCUCCUCUCAUACAGUCAGACCCAGGGGCUUUGAAGGGUGUUGUGAAACAGACCACGGAAGCCUCCAGCCAAACUGACAACCCCACCAGGAAACCCAGGUGGCCACCACUGCUUUGUUCACCCCAUGCUCAUCUGACAAAAUCAGCCUCUCUUGACAGCAUGGUUUGUGGCAAAUACAGGUCACGCUAUGGGGGUGAAGCCUCUGGCACCAGGGGUGUGCAGGGCAAUCACUGCUGUCACUGCUGCUGUUGCCAUGGCUGGUGCCCAUGGACCUUCCCUGUGGCUGUCUCUCCCCAGGGCCCUGUGGGCUGCUGCUCAAACCAUGCCACCACUGAGCUGCACCUCUUGAAAACAUUGGUGCUCCUACAGGACACUGCAACACAUAAUCCUGCUCCGUGUACCCUCAAUGAGAUAGAAGUGAUGAAGAGCUCCUGCCAGCACUUCCAGGAGAAGCUGGAUGAAAUUGAACAGCACCUGACAGAAGAGCAGGUGCUGUUUUCCAGCGCUAUGCCAGAUGAAGGAAGGGAGGAAGCCAGACACCUGCGACUCUUACGGCGAGCUGUUCGUCAGGAGGUUGCAGAGCUGGAAUUUCAGCUGAGGGAUCAAGCUUGCCAGGUCAGGGGGAGCAUCCUUAUGCAGCUGGACCAAUUACUAGCAGAACAAUCCCAUCUGUUUUUUGAGCUUGGACUCUCUGAUUGGAAGGGAGAAAGAAAAGCCCAGAAUAAACAAAUGUUUCCAGAUGCUGCUGACACUGAGCAUCCUCAAAGUGGGUGCUCAAAAAUGGUGAUCCCAAGAGCUCCUAGCAAAACCACAACAGCAACAUGUUCACUCUCUGCCCCACAGCUGGAGGCACCCUCAAUGCAGUUUCCCACCAGGAAAAUGCCUGAGUCAAACACAGUCAAGUCUGCCCCACAGGAGCUCUCUACCAGUGCAAAGGAAAUAAAAGGAACUCCCCAAGCAAAAAUGGACUUCAAGGCAUUUAUACACAAUUUGAAGAAAUCUUUCCAAAACUCUUUAGGUAAUGAUUCAGCAGAAGGAAAAGACUGAUAGAGGACAGAUUUAUGGAUUUUGUUUCUAGUAAACGCGAUGGUUUUCCUGAAAUGCAUGGUGUAUCUCAGAAAAAAAGGGACCAAACAUCACAUUAUAGAAUGUCCUGAUCACAGCAGGUUCAUUUGCAAUGAGAUGACUGGCCAGAAAACAGGCAUUUUUAAAGGAAUUUUAGAAGAGAGGCGCUAUGUAUUUUGCUAUUCUGUGUCUGUGAAACCUACUAUGUGCCCAAUUGCAGUAACAUGGGAUAGGGCUGUUCUCUGAAAAGCCAUUUAGCAGGAAGAGAAGAAGGUUUGUUUUAAGGAUAAACUUCAGAGCUUGCAGACAUCUCAGGAGAUACCAGCAGAAACGUAUUCUCCUUAUAGCCAAUUACUUUAACACAGUCCUUCAACCAAUAUUAAUCCUUAAGCCCACACUACCUUAUAUAGUCCUAGUCACAUUCUAACUUUUAAGUUGUUACUAA